AUGCUGCCUUGCUCGUUGCCCAGCGCGGAAGCUAUAUCUAUCUUCGAAAGUGCUCAAUUUGACGAGGGGUCAAGCCGCGGCCACACGAUCGCGCUCGUGUACUUGGAACAGCGUCGCCCCGAAGAGGCGCGCUGCGAAGGAGAGGACGGGUUAACCCAGAGCUGUUUGAUGCUAGCAGACCUAGCUGCAAGCGAGAGCGCUAAGCGAACGGAGGCAAGAUAUCGACGUCUGGAGGAAUGCAAGUUCGUCAACCUGGGUCUGUCUGCUCUGGGGAACUGCGUGGCUGCUCUGGCGAAGGGGCAGGCACAUGUCCCGUUUCGAGACAGCAAGCUGACGAGAUUGCUUCAGCAAACCUUAGCAGGCAACUCCAAGACGGCGGUGAUUGUCGGAAUUAUUCCUGAGAGGUAUGGCGUAUGGGGUAGACAUACCGUGGUUGAGCACCCUGCUCCGAAACAUUUGUCCGAGCAUCGUAUAGUUGUCAUAACCCUUUUCACUCUCUUGACGUAUGUGAACUUCGCCAAAAUCGCCUCUAGGGACGAGCUUGGCGAAACCUUGGCGACUCUCAUAUUCGCUCAGAGAGCAAUGUCCGUGAUGACGGAUGCCCGCGCGAACGUUGUCCCGGACCUUGAAGCACGAUGCCAAGACUUGCAACAACAAUAUGACAACCAGAGCGACAAGUUGACCCAGAUGACUCUCAUGAAAGCGUCCGCAGAAGAGCGCUUGGAAGUAGCACAUGACCUACUGGCACGUCUCCAAGAAGAGAAGAAUGCCACCGAUGUCCGGCUUCAGACUAUGGUGGAGGCGUACGAGAUGCUCACGGAGCCAAGAAGCGAGGAUGCGGUAUCCACGACCGACACAACUCAGCAGCAAGAGUGGAAAGAGAGAGCACGCAACAUGAAAGCUGAAUGUGAUCGGGAUCUGCGCGUCUGCCAGUCUGAAGGGCGAAGGCAGGAGAGGGAGACGAACCGCCGCAUCAGUGAGCUGUUGAAAGAACUUGCCGGCAGGGAUGCGGUUGUCGAAGACAUGGAGGCACGGAUCCGGGUGCUCGAGAACCAAGCAGUUCAGCAAAAAGACGUGCUGGCCAAAGAGUACGUGUCGCGCCACCAGGUGAACGAGAUGGAAACACUGUUUGGGACAGCGGUCGAGGACCUGAGCAACCGACUGAAGGACAUGGAGAAGCGGAAGACCGAUGUUCAGCGGCAGGGCAAUGCAAUGGCGCGCGCGGAGGCUGUUGGGCUUGGGCGAGACCUUAACGGCAUUCGUGCUCCAGGAAGGAGGCGUUGCCAAGCUGGAGCAGCGACCUUCUGCUAG